CUUUCUGCCCAUAAAACACUUCGUUGCUCUCCGUUAUCUCCUCUUUUCUGGCCUGAAUCCGGGCCCUGGUCACGCUGACAGCUUGCCUUAGGCAGAAUUACACUUUGCUACAUUCGUGUACAGCCUUGAGUCAGCACAUGUGUGCCCAGGGUGGUAGGGGCUGCAAGUCCUGAACCAUUCUGAUUGCCUGGCCCAAUGGCAGCCGAAGUGAAGGUGUCUGGGCAGAAUCAGGAGCAGUUUCUGCUGCUGGCAAGAUCUGCCCGCGGAGCUGCUCUGGCCAACCUCAUUCAUCAAGUGCUGGAAGCCCCUGGUAUUUAUGUUUUUGGAGAGCUACUUGACAUGCCAAAUGUUCAAGAGCUAUCCGAAAGUGAAUUCUCACCUGUUUUCCGCCUGCUUACGGUCUUUGCAUAUGGGACGUAUUCAGAUUACCUGGCUGAAGUUGGGAAUCUGCCUCCCUUGACAGAAGCUCAGAAGAACAAACUGCGCCAUCUGUCUGUGGUCACCUUGGCUUCCAAGCUGAAGUGCAUCCCCUAUUCUGUACUAUUGGAGCAGCUCCAGCUGAAGAAUGUGCGACAACUAGAGGAUUUGGUGAUUGAGGCAGUGUAUGCCGAUGUACUCCGAGGGAGCCUGGACCAGCGCAACCAGCGGUUAGAGGUGGAUUACAGCAUUGGCCGGGACAUCCGCAGGGAGGAGCUCAGUGUCAUUACCCGCACGCUUCAAGAAUGGUGCCAGGGCUGCGAAGUUGUCCUUUCAAGCAUUGAAGAACAAGUUAGCCGAGCCAAUCAACACAAAGAGCAGCAGCUGGGCCUGAAGCAGCAGAUUGAGAGUGAGGUGGCAAAUCUGAAGAAGACGAUUAAGGUGACAACAGCAGCUGCAGCAGCGGCAACCUCCCAAGACCCCGAGCAGCAUUUGUCAGAACUCCGGGAGCCCGCUCCGGGUACCAACCAGCGCCAGGCUAGCAAGAAGGCCUCCAAGGGCAAAGGGCUCCGAGGCAGUGCAAAGAUCUGGUCUAAAUCAAACUGACAGGACUGCUGGUUGGGGAGUUGAAGCAGGUGUCCCACGUCUGGUGCUUUCUUCUUCAAUCCAGAUGUAUUUCUGCGCAACUUUGUCCCUGUGUAAAUGGUUCUGCCUCCCCAUUAUUUUCUUCUUGUGUUUCUUACAGCCGCUUUCCCCUGUUCCUCUCUGGUUUGUACCUUCUCUAUUUUGAAUGCUACUCCCCCCCCCCUUCUCUCUCCCUCUCGCCUGACUUUUGUUUUCUUGAAUGCAUUUUAAGGAGCCAUGAAAUGGCUCAUGUUUAAGUUACAUUUUGCCCCAACAGAUUGUUGUGGCAACCUGUGUGGAAACAAAUCUGGCAUCAAAUGGCCGCUUAAAUUCUCUGAGCACAUCCUGGGACAUUUGCUCUGGGCCACCCAGUUUGACAUCCCAGUUUCCUGCUUUACUGGAAUCAGUGAAAGGGAGGAAUGUCUGUGUGAGUGUUUGAGUGGAUUGUUUUUUAAAAAUAGUAUAAAUAUAUAAAGCAAAUAAAAAUGGACAGACCUAU